UUCGGUUCAACAGAAGUGAGUUGGACUACCUCCACCAGUCCUCGCACUCUUCUUCCUCCUGGUCACCCCCUUCCCUGCUGCAGCCCUCAGCCGCCUUAUAACAACAAGUUAUGGUCUGAUAGUCGCACGUCUCCCUUUGUGAAGAAUGCACUGGAUCAGUUUGUAUUCAACAAGAAGACAAACAACAUGGCACAUGAGAGAUGGCGUCAUCAUCUGGACUAUGUCAUCGUACUGCUUGGCUUUGCAGUUGGAUCCGGGACAUUUAUAAAGUUUCCGUACCUUUGUAUGCGUAAUGGCGGCGGCGCAUUCCUCAUCCCAUUCGUCCUGUUUACAAUUGUGGGUACUAUUCCCUGUGUAUUUCUGGAGAUGGUCAUCGGUCAAUACUCACAAAGUGGGCCUGUCAACGUCUGGAACCUGUGUCCACCGUUUAAAGGUAUUGGUGUGGGAACGGUGAUCAUCAUGUUUCUCUACACGACGUCCUACAGUGUAAUCUUUGCUUGGUUUGCCUACUAUUUCUACAACUCAUUUUCAUCCUCCCUUCCGUGGGGGCACUGUGGCAACACCUGGAAUACAGAAACAUGUAUAUCUCAUACCAUCGAUGACAAUAGAACGUUAACUAAUGUCUCAGAUAUGCUAACCAAUUCAACUGUGGGCACGUAUGGUACAGGCCCCAUUAAUGUUACAUCUGUCGCCGGAAUGACUGCUACCGAAGAGUUUUGGAGAUUACAAGUGCUUCAAGUUACCUCUGGAUUAGAGACAAUUGGUGACCUACGAUGGACAAUGGCCGCUUGCCUCCUCAUCACUUACGUCAUAUUAUUCCUCUGUGUAUUCAAGGGAAUCAGGGUAUCUGGCAAGCUCGUGUACGUCACCGUUGCGGUGCCAUACGUCCUCAUGCUUGUCUUCCUCGUCCGUGGUUGUCUACUUCCUGGAUCCGCAGAUGGAAUUUAUUAUUACAUCUACCCACGGUUUGAGAAACUACUUGAACCGAAAAUAUGGAUUGAGGCAUGCAGCUUCGCCUUAUAUUCUUUGGGUAUUGGAUUCGGAUGUGUCAUCACGCUGUCUGGGCACAGUAGGUUCAGCAAUAACUGUUUCAAAGAUGCUAUCCAGGUAACGCUGAUCGACAUGAUAAGCACGAUCAUAUUUGGAUUUGCUUUCUUCGCGGUUAUUGGGCAUGUUGCCUACAAACGGGGUCUAUCUGUGGAGGACUUUGAAUCAUCAGGAUUCAAUCUGAUAUUCAUUGUCUUCCCACAAAUCCUGACUUACCUCCCUUUGCCUCAGGUGUGGGCGGUUUUCACCUUCCUGAUGCUGAUGACUCUGGAGAUAGAUUCACUGGUUCCCGCAUUUGAAAUCGUCGUGGCUGCAGUAAGAGACCAGUUUCCGGUACAAGCUGAACGCAGGUGGCUUGUCACUGGCGCAAUCGCUGUAGGAAACUUUCUCUUCGCAUUGCUGUAUAUUACGCAGGGUGGAAUAUACGUUUUGACGCUCGUGGACUGGUUUACGUACUUCCCAUCCGUUGCAAUUUUUGUCAUUCUGGAAUGCCUUGUUGUUGGUUGGUGUUAUGGCGCAAGAAGGCUUCAAGAGGACAUCAAUUCCAUGUGGGGAAAGUCUGUUCCCCGCGUGAUGAUAAUCUCUAUCAAGUACAUCUGCCCUCUGCUUCUACUGAUUAUCUUCUGCCAUUCCCUGUAUUCAUACCGGCCUCCUAAGUAUGGUGACUAUGACUACCCUCCCUGGGCUACGGUAGUUGGCUGGAUGGUAUCUCUUUGCUCUCUGGUUCCGCUUCCUAUCGUUUUCGGCGUAACUGUCUUCAGAUCAAGUGGAAACACUCUAAAAAUGAAACUAAAACAUGCCCUGGUUCCGGAUCCGUCUUGGAUACGUAGGACGUCAAGUGACAGUACAACAGAUGAAGUCCUUCAGCCAAUGGCCCUUGAACAAGAGAGAUAUCUUCCAUCAGAACGGACAUCGAGUGUGUGAGUCGGGAUUAACGCCGCUUUAAACAAUAUUUCACUUAUAUCACGGCGUGCCAGCUUCAUGAGGGAUAUUUGAUGAUUAAUAUUUACAAUCUCAAAAGAGAACCGAGUUCAAUAUUGUUAACACAUUUGAUUUUUCACUUUUGUACACACGAGAGUCAACUAUAGUGAACCGCAAAAGAAACGUCACCAUGGAUAGAUAUAUGAGAAACCUUUUUCGUCCAAACACUGUAAACAUACUUUGAGACAUAUUAAAAAGAUGAAACUUGGCAAAACUGAUUAUCAUAGUUGCAAUUAAAGUGUCAAAUGUUCUUAAAGUGAAAAACAACACUAGUCUCUGAGAAAAUGGCAUCACAAGUCAAAAUCUCGUUUGUCCGCCAUGUGCUUGGAUGACUGCUGUGCAACGUCGAUACAUGGAAUGGAUGAGGCGGUUGAUGAAGGCCAAAGGCACUUGGGUCCACACUCUGAGGAACGCCUGACACAUUUCAGCUGCAGUUGUCGGCCUUGGUCGGACGUCAUU